CAAAAUAAACAAUUUGGCCAAACCCGAUGUUUGACUGUUAACUUGGACGGUUAAUCAACGCGCCAAGUCACUCUGGUCAAAUUGUUUAAUAUUACAAGAGUAUAUUUAUACAAAAAUUUAAUAGAUAAGUACGUGCGUUAAUUUGCUUGUAAAUGGCAGAAAAUGCUAUCAAACAUUUUGCAAAAUUGAAGCCCGUAUCUUUCAAAAGAACAAUCUAACAUUUGGCAAACGACGGACAGAUGCACGUGGCUUCACCUGGUUCGCUGGCUUAGGACCCAAGAAAGAAAAGGAAAAAACAAAUUAACACUUCCCAAUCACAUUCGCCGGAUUUUCAAUUCCCUGAAAACCGAACAGUUCCCUUGCAUCGCCAUAGCUUUCGCGCCCCCCAUGAGUUCGUUCAAGCACGCAAGCAGGCUCCUCGACGGCGUCUCUCUCGUGGCCAAGGAGAUCGCCAAGCGUUCCCCUGCUCUGGAAGCCGCCUCUAAGGGAAAUUACCAAACCCUAAUCGUCUCCACCGCCAGAAAGGCCUUGCUCGCCGCCACUGACUUGUCCGGCCUCACUAGGGGGAAAGUUCGCCAGGUCUCCACUCCUCGCCCCAAGGAAUCGGUCGUUUAUUUCGACCAAUCUAAUCUUACGGCCGAUUCGGUCCCCAUCCAGGCGCAGCCGCUGAGCGACGACGAUCCUGCCGCGGCGGUUGUUGCUGCCGAGAAGAUUGUCGUGGACGAUGGAAUCGCGAGGGACGGAGUCAAUGUAGAGGUGGGAAACGGGUUGCCGAGGGAAAUUGAGGCUGGGGAUCAGGAGAAGGGUAAUUUCGUAGAUGAAGUGGUCGCUGCGCCGGCGGUUCCAGCUCCGGCGCCUGCAAGCGACGGUGCGACAAUGACGGAGCAGAAGAAGAGGAAGCUGAGGGAGAGAAGAGUUCCCUCAACUCCAUUUUCCAGGGCGCUCGGGUUUGCCGGUCUAGGAGCUGGUCUUGUAUGGGGAACAGUUGAAGAAGCUACCAAGAGACUUGUGUACGGCACCCCACAGACAGCAGAAGGAAAGCAGUCUGCCCUCUCCCCGUUUCUGUCUGAAAAGAAUGCAGAACGUCUGGCAUUGGCACUUUGUAGGAUGCGUGGUGCUGCGCUCAAAGUUGGGCAGAUGUUGAGUAUACAGGAUGAAUCGCUUGUUCCUGCUCCGAUCUUGGCUGCUUUAGAUAUCGUUCGCCAGGGAGCAGAUGUGAUGCCCAGGAAGCAGCUCAAUCAGGUUCUGGAUGCUGAACUGGGGUCUGAUUGGUCUGCCAAGUUGACCAGUUUUGAUUAUGAACCUCUUGCUGCUGCAAGUAUAGGACAGGUGCACCAAGCAGUUACGAAAGAUGGGAUAAAAGUUGCAAUGAAAAUUCAAUACCCUGGUGUUGCAAACAGCAUUGAGAGUGACAUUGAGAAUGUGAAACUUCUUUUGGAUUAUACAAACCUGAUUCCAGAAGGACUGUAUCUUGACAGAGCAAUGAAGGUGGCAAAAGAGGAAUUAUCCCGGGAGUGUGACUACAUAUUGGAGGCAGCUAACCAGAAACGCUUUCGUGAUCUCAUCGCUAACAGGAAGGGUUUCUAUGUCCCUAGUGUUGUGGAUGAACUUUCAAGCAAAAGAGUCCUUGCUACAGAGCUGGUUUCUGGAGUUUCCAUUGACAAGGUUAUAUCACUAGACCAGGAAACUCGAAAUUACGUAGGCAGAAAGUUGCUGGAGCUGACAUUAUUAGAGUUGUUUGUCUUCCGCUUUAUGCAGACGGAUCCUAACUGGGGGAAUUUCUUAUACGAAAAUGGCACAAAGACCCUCAAUCUCAUAGACUUCGGGGCAGCGAGGGAAUAUCCAAAAACCUUUGUCGACGACUAUCUGAGAAUGGUGCUAGCGUGUGCAAAUCGUGACAAAGAUGCGGUGAUCGAGAUGUCAACAAGACUCGGGUUCCUCGUAGGAGGAGAAUCCGAUGAAAUGCUGCAAGCACACGUCGAAGCAGCAUUCGUGGUGGGAUUGCCCUUUGCUAAACCAGGUGGAUACGAUUUCCAGGCCAACAACAUUACUCAUAACCUGACAGGUCUUGGUGCCAAAAUGCUGAAGCACAGGCUGACACCUCCGCCGGAUGAGGCGUACAGUCUUCACAGGAAGCUCUCCGGCGCAUUCCUGGCCAACAUCAAGCUCGGCACAGUCGUGCCGUGCAGGGAAAUGUUGCUCGACAUCUAUGACCGUCAUCAGUUUGGCGAAGAGGCUAGCAGAUGAUGAAAUGUCUCAGCAGCUACAGAGAAAGAACAAUCUUAUUAAUAGAUAUAGAGCUUGAUUUGUUUGAAUGUACUUGGUAAUUUGUCGUCCAUAUUGAGUUUUUGGCUGAGUAGCAAAAUAAGAAAAAUUGUAUUUUGAUGCAUAUUGUAUACUACCUAUCGUUUUUUGCAGUAGUGAGACAGACAGUGGAAACUGGCCAAAUUAGUGCCGGAAAAUGCAGCCAGCUGCAGGCUUCUUUAAAUGUAAAUACAGAGGAGAUUAAUUUCAAGAGAUUAUUCAUUAUGCCUCGUUCUCAUCCCUAUUCACUUAUCUUUUUAUGGUAAUAGAACUUUCUCCCAGAAAAACUAUGUUCACUGAAACUUUAAAUAGAAUUAAGCAAAAACUUAAUUAAUGUAUUUGUAACUUUGUAGAUCAAGUAGAUCACAUUGUACUCGUUCUUUUUUAGCAUAAUUUUUCAAGAUCCGAGUUAAAAAUACGACAGAUCUCAUUAUACAAGUGUUAUUCACCUUGAAUUACAAAAUGAAUGGCCAGAUCUGAUUCUUUUUAGUAUAAUUUUUCAAGAUCCGAGUUAAAAAUGAAGAUAGAUAUCAUUA